CCAACAACAACACGUUCGGAGCCGGUGUAGGGAACUGACCCAAAUACAAGUGAGUGGUCAGCUGUCAUAUGAGCAGUAGCUCCCGAAUCAGGAACCCACGAGUCAACACGCUCACAAAUACUAGAAAGAUCCGCUGAUAAGCCAAAGUGAUGUGAACCGGUAUGGGAAGCCCAUUGGGCAAAAUGAUCUGGCCCAAAAUGAGGCCCAAAAGGCUGCUGACCAGUAGGCCCAGACUGCUGCCCGAAACUAGGCCCCAAAGUAGGUGGAAAUGGAAUCUGUGAUGUAGAACCUGGAUUUGGGCCCAAAAUCCCAGCCUGAUUUAGAUUUUGAGGCCCAACACCACAUGUGGAUGGAUAUUGUGCUUGUGGACCAUAUCCACUUAAUUCUGAUCCAAAAAUUCUAGUGUCAAAAGUACCAGGUCUUGUCAUAUCAUCAUUUCUAUACAUCUGAGAUUUUGACCAGUCAACGUUAGCCAUAUGUGCUGCAAAAGAACGCUGAGUAUCACCAUAAUCACCAUUCGAUGACCAUCGUCCACCAGAUCUGCCACCGCCAUAUCGACCAUAACCACCAGAUCGACCAUAACCACCAGAUCGACCUCUAUUACCUCUCCAUCGACCACCAUUAUUGCUUGUUCUACCACCAUUAUUACCGGAAUUCUGAGAAUUUUGUGUGACCGGUGUGAAUCGAUGGUAACAAUUUGAAGCGCGAUGCCCAAUUUUGUCACAAAUUUGACAGAUUAUCACCGAUUGAGAAUUUGAAUGUGGUAAAGUUGAUGAGUUUAAACUCAUCGCAGCCAUAGCAGCUAUCGAAGAUGAGAUUUGAGCUUGUUGUUGUUUUAGACGAACUUCAUGAGUUAGAAGUUUAGCUCUAAGUUGCGAAUAGUUCGGUUUAUUAUCAGAAUUUUCAAUAUUUGUAAUGAACAUCUGAUAAUCAGAAUGUAAUCCGUUAAGGAUUUGAAGCACAAGCGAAUGUUCAGAAAUCGAAUCUCCGAUAGCAACAAGCGAAUCAUAUAUAGUACGAGCAGAAUCACAAUAAUCGGAAAUAGACUUAUCUUCUUGUUUCAGUAGAUGAAAUUGAGUACGAAGAAGAUUCUGUUUUGCAAAUACCUGUUGAGUGAAUGAUUCUUCAAGUUUAUGCCAUAAAUCUGAAGCAGACGUGGUUCCUCUUGCAAGAUGAAGAAGAUUUGGUGACAAACUGGCUGUUAGAAAUGAAGAAACAUAUCCAUCAGAUCUGUUCCAGAUCUCUCUUGCAUCAGUUUCUUCAGGAGGAGCAAUUUCUCUGUUUAGAAAGUGAAGAAGCCCUAGAGUUCUUAGGAUAUUGAGAACUUGAUGUUGCCAGUUCAAGAAAUUAUCAUUGUCAAGUUUUAUAGGCAUGAAACUGGUGAUAUUUGGUAAGGUUUGUGUAGAAUUUGAAGUGAAAUCUGUCAUGUUUGAAGAAGAAUUAGAAUUUGAGGAUGUGGCCAUCGAAGAUCAGAAAGGUGAGGAAGAUGAUCGGAGUAGAUGAGUUUUGGCCGGAAAUUGUUGCCGGAAAACUAACAGAACAGUGGUGGUAUAACAGAAUCGAUGAUAUGAAGCUCUGAUACCAUAAAGAGAUGGUUCAGGCACAAAUCAUAUCAAUCUUCACUAACUAUAAGAGAAAGAUACAAACCUCUAUAUAUAGAGGAAAUACAAUCCACACAACUGUCUAACUAACUCAACUGACUAACUGAACUAUACAUACAAUGUAUAUAUAUAUACCAUAACAGAAACCAACUAUAUACACUAAUAGUCAAAUUUUGACCUUAUCUAUCUACGAUCAAACUUGCAGAACAAGGCACACAGUUCAUGUGUGUUAAGAAAAGCAUCCAUCAGGUAGUCUUGAUUUCAAUUGGUUCAUGCUUACAUUCUUUUUAUAAUCCCUAUUGGUUUCAUUGAUCACCUUCAAACCAACAUAAAAAUAUUAACUUUUCAACUCUUAAGGAUCAUUCUGGAGCUGGUAACUUUUCACUCAUGGCUGCAGCAUACCCGCAUAACCAUUCACGCCACGCGGUCAUUAUGGUCGUUGUGGGUUGCCUCUUUUUUAUUUCAUCAGACAGCAUUUAUACACUCAUCCAAAAGCUAGACAACAACAUGAAAUGGUGGUUGAUGACCACUUGUUUAGUUGGGUUUUUCUAUAUCUUUGCAUCCCCUUUUUGGGGGAAGACCAUUACACCAAACUAUUCAAAUUUCAGUAUAUGGUAUAUAAUAUGCUUAUUAGUGGCAGCUUUAUAUCAUCUUCCAAAUUUUCAGCCAAUGGGAGUAGAUAUGAGGAUGAAUUUAUCAUUAUUUUUUACAACAUUCAUCUCUUCCAUUUUUAUCCUCACUGUUUUCCACUUAAUAUUCCUCGGCCUUUGGUACAUUCGUCUUGUUUCGCCUGCGGCUGGAAGGAGACCAAAGAUCUUGACUAUUCUUCAGAAUUGUACCGUGAUAAGUAUAGCCUGUUGUGUGUUUUAUAGCAUGUGUGGAAAUUAUGCUUUGAAUGAAAGCAGCACGUUUGGGCGAAAAGAUUCGCUUUGGAAAACUGGAGAGCGAAGUGAAUUGCUGGUUAAAGAUGAAUGCAAAUCUUGGUUUGCUCAAGUUGGGCCGGCCCGUGAUCAUUCACUUCUUUUUAAGUGGACUGUAUUUGGAGAGUCUUCAGAUGAACUUUCGCCGAUAUACACAUUAUGGGCAACGUUUAUCGGUUUAUAUAUUGCUAAUUUUGUCGUGGAAAGAUCAACUGGAUGGGCUCUUACCCACCCUCUAUCAGCCGAAGAAAUCGAGAGGUUGAAGGAUGAGCAACGGAAGCCUAAGUUCUUGGAUAUGGUUCCUUGGUACUCAGGGACAUCAGCAGAUCUAUUCAAGACUGCUUUUGACCUCCUUGUGUCUGUAACUGUUUUUAUGGGGCGAUUUGAUAUGCGCAUGAUGCAGGCUGCAAUGAAUGGCACUCGUGACGGGGCUAAACAAGAAGAUUUCCUAUAUGACCAUUUUAGGGAAAAGGAUGACUUUUGGUUUGACUUUGUGGCUGAUACAGGCGAUGGUGGCAACUCCUCCUAUUCUGUUGCUCGCCUUCUUGCUCAACCUUCACUUGAUGGUAGGACCAAAGAUUCUUCGAUUAAAUUGCCUCGUGGGGACCUUCUUCUUAUUGGAGGCGAUCUCGCGUACCCUUAUCCCUCACCAGACACUUAUGAAAAGCGUUUCUUUUAUCCUUUCGAGGAGGCUCUUCGGCCACCUUCAUGGUAUAAAGAAGAGCAUAUAGCUAUAAACAAGCCUGAGUUGCCUGUUGGCGUUUCUGAUCUAAAACAGUACGACGGGCCACAAUGCUUUGUUAUCCCCGGAAACCAUGAUUGGUUUGAUGGACUUCAAACAUUUAUGAGGUAUAUAUGUCACAAGAGUUGGUUAGGUGGAUGGUUAAUGCCCCAAAAGAAAAGCUACUUUGCUUUGCAGCUCCCCAAAGGAUGGUGGGUGUUUGGUCUUGAUUUAGCACUUCAUAGCGAUAUCGAUAGUUAUCAAUUCAAGUUUUUCUCAGAGCUCAUAAGCGAUAAGGUUAAAGAGAAUGAUUCUGUGAUCGUUAUGACACAUGCACCAAAUUGGAUUCUUGAUUACUACUGGAAUGAACCCAGUGGAAAGAAUGUGUCACACCUUAUACGUGAUCAUUUAGUAGGAAGGUGUAAACUUAGAAUAGCUGGAGAUUUACAUCAUUAUAUGCGACAUUCAUAUGUUCAGUCAGAAAAUCCCGCAGUGGUGCAGCAUUUACUUGUUAACGGGUGUGGUGGAGCGUUUUUGCAUCCGACACAUGUUUUUGGUAACCUUAUUGAAGCACAUGAUGCAACCUAUGAGACCAAAGCUGCUUAUCCAUCCUUUCUAGACUCAAGAGGGAUUGCUUGGGGUAAUAUAUUGAAGUUUCGAAAGAAAAACUGGCAGUUCGAUUUCAUUGGCGGGUCCAUAUACUUUAUCUUAACCUUUUCAAUGUUUCCACUGUGCAAGCUAGAUCAUAUCCUACAAGAUGAUACAAUUUCUGGUCUCGUAAAAAACUUAGUUAGCGCGAUAUGGGAUGCUUUUAUGUACAUGGUUGGUGAAUCAUAUGUAUCUUCUAUUGGUGCUUUGAUACUGUUGGUGGCUGCAAUAUUAUUUGUUCCUCCCAAAGUUUCCAAGAAAAAAAGAAUAAUAAUUGGAGUUCUACAUGUUUCAGCCCACCUACUUUCAGCUCUAGGUCUAAUGUUGUUAAUGGAACUUUGUGUUCAAAGCUGCAUUAGUAAUAAUCUUCUGGCAACAUCAGGUUAUCAUUCGUUAUAUAAUUGGUAUCGAACUGUGGAAAGUGAGCAUUUUCCGGACCCCACGGGUUUGUGGGCGCGUAUAGAGCAAUGGACUUUUGGUCUUUAUCCCGCAUGUAUUAAGUAUCUUAUGUCAGCGUUCGAUGUUCCUGAGGUGAUGGCUGUAACGAGGACUAAAAUAUGCAAAAAUGGGAUGGUUUCACUUUCUAGAGGGGGUGCAGUUAUAUAUUAUGCCUCAGUUUUUCUUUACUUUUCGGUGUUGUCAACUCCUGCGGUGUCGUUAGUAUUUGGAAGCUACUUGUAUUUUUGUAUAAACUGGCUUCAUUUACAUUUUGAUGAAGCUUUUUCGUCGCUACGAAUAGCUAAUUACAAAUCCUUCACACGAUUUCACAUCAAGGAGGAUGGUGAUCUUGAAGUUUUCACUCUUGCAGUUGAUAAAGUUCCUAAGAAAUGGAAGGUGGAUUCUCAUUGGCAGAAUGAGUCGCGAGAACAGGAGCACCAGUUGAGUCACGAGAGACAAUAUCCAAGUAAAUGGAUUGCUAAUCCUCUUGAUCGGGACCCAGUUGAGAUGGUACAAAUCGUCGAUCAUUUUGUUAUUCAAAAGGAUGAAGCAGUAGAAAAUGUAGCUGUAGCAGAGAAUCACCACUAGGUUGGCAUGUGUAUAGAAAGUUGGUUCAAAAAGAAUUGUAUCACUUGUUUAGUGUACCUAGUACUCACCACAGUAAUUGUAUAUGUGUAUGUCAUUCAUUAUAUGAAAAUAUUACAUUUUUCUCA